CAGAGCGGCUGCUCUUGGAGCUGAUCGCAUGGAGGUCCAGGCCCGCAAGUUCUACUCGCAACGUAAUAUGUACCUUUGCGGAUUCACUCUCUUUUUGUCUCUCAUUCUCAACCGUACCUACAUCAUGAUCCUCGAAGUUCUGCGCCUUGAGGACCGCGUCAAGCUUCUCGAGGGUGAUAAGAAGGCUGGUGGCAAGGACUCUGCGCGUCUUGCUCAGGCUGGCGAUAUGGGCGAGAUUGGUCGUCUUAAGAAGGAGCUUGAGGCCAAGAACCGUGACAUCGAAACUCUCAAGAAGCAGUGCGAGGGCCUGACUCGUGAAUACCAUAGCCUGGGCGAUCAGGUUGCGGGCAAGUCUGACGAGGGUUCUAAGAAAGACCUAUAAGUCACUGUGGGUUAUUUCAAGGAGCACAACUUUGAACCGCAAUGAGCGAGGUUUACCAAAAUUGUCAACAAAUUGCACUUGGAGGCCCAUAAAGGAAUGGGGAUGCCGAUCGGGUGACACCAUCCUUAUAGGCUUGGAUUUUCCCAGCUUAGAAACUGGGUUAUUGGUGAAGGAUUAG